CGCGCUUGCUGUCCAUUCGCGGGCUUCAAUAUGAUUCCAGUGUGGCGCGCCCACUUUCCUUCUGCGGAUUGAAUUCACUCUGUUUUUCAUUCUCAUCUUAUACUGUGAUAGUCUUUCUCUAAAUAGGAUGCUUGUGACGUUCAUGUACUUUGGAGAUCCGUACAAAUGUGGAAAACGCGGUGUCUUAAAGGCACACAUAGGGAAUCCAUGGUGUUCUUUCAAAGAUGGGGUCUGGAUGCAUUUUGACACGAUUUUAUAGUCGGCGCACAUUCACCUGCAGUAAUAUCAUUCUCAACUGAGGUGGUUAACAGAUAAGAAAAGAAAUUCAGAUACUGUGCGGAUUGUUGCAGGCACGUACUCAUCUUAAUCUAUAGAAAUGUGGAUGACGGGAACGCGCACGUAUUAGAUAAGCAAUCCAGAGGUUUUACCAUGAUCUAUGUGCACAAUGGGAGUAUUAGCUCACUCUUGGGUGACCUAAAGGCAGGAUGGGCAACACUCUGAGGCUGUGACCACUUUGCCUCCCCAUGUGUACCAUGAACAGCACCGCCUGGCCUUUGGACCUGGCUGAGUUUGCGAAACCUCGGGGCUUCAACAGCUCCCAGGGCCAGUCUGCUUCUAUGAGCGGCUGGGCAUUAAUCCACACAGCUACCCUUGCCUCCUGUUCCCUCCUGUUGGUUCUCAUAUUUUGUCUCGGUUCUUAUGGAAACUUGGUGGUCUUCUUGUCCUUUUUCGACCCGGCGUUCCGCAAGUUCCGCACCAACUUCGACUUCAUGAUCCUCAACUUAUCCUUCUGUGACCUGUUCAUUUGCUGCGUCACUGCGCCCAUGUUUGCACUGGUUCUCUUUCUGGAUGCUGGAGAUGCAGGUAGCGGCGUGUCCAAGGGCUUCUGCUUUGCCUUCCACCUCACCAGCUCUGGCUUCAUCAUUAUGUCCCUCGAAACAGUGGCUGUGAUUGCCCUGCAUCGGCUCCGCAUGGUCCUGGGUCAGCAGCCCAACCGCACAGCCUCGUUCCCCUGUACUCUGGCCCUCACUGCAUUGUUAUGGACCACCAGUUUCACACUGGCGGCUUUGGUCACCUUACGAGCAUAUCCCAGGAGCUCCGGACCUUGCCUGCCGCACUUUGGUCUUACUGGCAACAAGGCCAAGGUAGUAUUGUACGUAUACAUUGCAGACUUUGCUUUCUGUGUAGGUGUGGUGUCCAUCUCAUACCUCAUGAUCGCUCAGGCGUUGAGGAAGAACGCUCAGGUUCGAAAGUGUCCCAUCAUUACAGUGGACGCGACACGUCCACCUACUCAUCCGCAGCUAAUUGCCACUGGUUUCGAGGGCAUGCAAUGUACAGUGCAGGUGCCCUCGCUGUACCGCAACCAGACAUACAACAAGCUCCAACAUGUCCAGACGCACUCCUUUACCCGGAGAACCAACCAGCCCCUCGUGCCCGGGGCUGCCACUGGAGCAACUUGCUGCCAGUUGGUCUCCACAGUUAACCUGGCGACAGCCAAGGAUUCAAAGGCUGUGGUCACAUGCAUAGUGAUCGUCAUCUCUGUGUUGUUGUGCUGUUUACCGCUAGGUAUAUCUUUGGCACAGGAUAUGGUGUCACCGGAGAGCAGUUUUGUCCACUACCAGUUCGAGCUCUGUGGAUUCGCCCUCAUCUUCCUGAAGUCUGGAAUCAACCCGUUUGUGUAUUCACGCAACAGCGCGGGUCUGCGUCGCCGUGUGCUCUGCUGCCUCCAGUGGCUGACCUUGAGCUUCCUGUGCUGCAAGCAGAAGACACGCCUACACGCUAUGGGCAAAGGAAGUCUGGAAGUCAACCGCAACAAGUCCUCGCACCACGAGACCAACUCGGCGUAUAUGCUGUCACCAAAGCCUCAGAGGAGGCUGGUGGACCAGGCUUGCGGACCCAGUCACUCCCGGGACAGCAUGCCUAGCCCCUGUGCCACUGCUGGACGCAAGCCCAGACCCCCGAGCACAUCUACACCCAUCAAUACGCGCAUAGAGCCCUACUACAGUAUCUAUAACAGCAGUCCGUCAGCAGGCCCGAAUUCCCCCAACAGCCUGCAGCCGGUCAACUCUCAAACCACAGCCUUUGCCAAAAACUACGUGGCUAUGCAUUACCACACCCACCAGGAGGCGCUGCAGGACUUCGACAGCACCUCAGCUCAUCACAUUCCCAUCCCCUCAGUCUGAGCUGUAGAACGUCAUGCAUUUAUAAUGUUUGCUCGUGAUUUGCUAAUGGUGUUUUGCUCAAGAGACAAUGUGCGAAAAUGGGACUAGCUAAUUGCCGCUUUCCCCUAAAGUGUUAUCAAUAUUUUCUGGACUGAAGGAUGUUCUAUUUUUACAUUUACAUGGCAUUUUCAUGUAAUAGUUUUGAGGCAGAUUAUGUAUUUGUGUAACAUCCUACAUUUUAUAUAUGAACUGAUUAAAUGUUUUGCAAGUGUAUCCAGACAUCUUUCAUUUGAGAAUUUUUGGUAAUAUACUGCUAUAGUUUGCUUUGUUGAUCAUGUCUUUUAGGUAUUCACAUGCCUUAAUUAAGCUAAUGAUGGAUGUUUUUUAUGUAAGAGCAGAAGUUAUCUGAACAAAACCUAAGCAUGAAGGCACGCUAGCAUCACCUAGUGCAGGUAAAGGGUUUAGCACAGGCAUGUCUAUUUCUCCAUGAGAAAUCUUUUCUUUGUUACAAUGAAUAGCGCUGUGUGAAUGAUUGUAAAUGAAGAAAAACAUUUCUGAAUUUUUGCUUAUAUUUUUGCACUGGAAAACAAAGAAUUCAGUGAUUUUAUGCUUAAAUCAGGAAAAAUAUUUGCCAAUUUGCCAAAAAUUAAUUAAAAAGUAUUUUUCCCAUUAUUUUCAUCAAACCUAGGUCAAUUUGCUAGGUCUUGAUUUAAGAACAUAUCAGUAUUUGUA